AUGGAGUCUUUCAUACAACUCGACAACUUUUAUCUGCAAUCCGUCUCCCUGGCUACAAUGGGGUACUGUGCCAUACUGUAUCUCGUUGCUACAGUAAUCCGUAUGGCGGAGUUGAAGAAGUGUCUGAUGGUGAUGUUUGGAAUGGAUUUGAUUGUCAGAAUUGGCGUUAUGACAGCAGGAUGUAUUCUGGUGACUGAUAUGAAGAUGAUGUGCUUCUUCCUAUUCCUUCAAAUCAUAUCCUCCUUGAUCAUCGUCUUCAUCUCCCUCCCCGCCACCCCAGUAUUUCAUGUGAGAUACAAGAACUGUCUGAAAGCUGUCUUCAUAUUAUUUUUCGUUAUUAUUGUUAUCGCUGGCCUUCUCAUCACCUUCAAAUUGUACCUCCAGGGGUCAUCCGCCAAAUGGGGAAUCGCGUUGUUUGUACUAUCCCUCCAAACUUAUUGGUUAUCAAUAUUUGAUUUAUUGACAGUAUGGAAUGGAAAUUUCGGGUUGGGAGAAAGCGAGGAGGAGAAGAAGAGGUAA